AUGGGUUCGAGUAAGCCUCAGAGGCAUUUCCGGCGGGGACCACCCCACCUGCAGAUCAGAGCCCCCGAUAAAGACCCGAAGGAGCAGAGGCAGGAUGACGCCGGGCGGAGGGACGAGGUGGUGGGCGACGCUCGUCAGGAAGAAAGCACGCAGAGAACGGUGGUCAGCUGGAGGGGCGCGGUGAUCGAGCCCGAGCAGGGCACCGAACUUCCUUCGAGAAAGGCACAGGGCCCCCCCACCAAGCCUCCCUCGCCGGCCCCCGGGAGUCAGAACCAACCAGCCUCCCCGAACGAGCGUCAGAGGGCCGUGAUAGACGCCUUCCGCCACGCGUGGACCGGAUACCGCAAGUUCGCCUGGGGCCACGACGAGCUGAAACCCGUGUCCAGGUCCUUCAGCGAGUGGUUUGGCCUGGGACUUACGCUGAUCGACGCCCUGGACACCAUGUGGAUUCUGGGCCUGAAGAAAGAGUUUGAAGAGGCCCGGAAAUGGGUGUCUAAGAAGCUGCGGUUUCAGAAAGACGUGGACGUGAACCUGUUUGAGAGCACGAUCCGCAUCCUGGGCGGCCUCCUGAGCGCCUACCACCUGUCCGGGGACGACCUCUUCCUGAGAAAGGCCGAAGACUUUGGGAACCGGCUGCUGCCUGCGUUCCAGACGCCCUCCAAGAUCCCGUACUCGGACGUGAACAUCGGCACCGGGGCCGCCCACCCGCCCCGCUGGACCUCGGACAGCACGGUGGCCGAGGUCACGAGCAUUCAGCUGGAGUUCCGAGAGCUCUCCCGCCUCACGGGAAACAAGAAGUUCCAGGAGGCGGCGGAGGAGGUGACUCGGCGUGUGCACUCCCUGCCGGGGAAGAAGGACGGGCUGGUGCCCAUGUUCAUCAGCACCCACAGCGGCCUCUUCACUCACCUGGGCGUGUUCACGCUGGGCGCCCGGGCCGACAGCUACUACGAGUACCUGCUGAAGCAGUGGAUCCAGGGCGGCAAGAAGGAGACGCAGUUACUGGAGGACUAUGUCGAGGCCGUCGAGGGGAUCAAGAGGCACCUGCUGCGCAAAUCUGAGCCCCGGAAGCUCACCUUCGUGGGAGAGCUGGCCCACGGCCGCUUCAGCGCCAAGAUGGACCACCUGGUGUGCUUCCUGCCAGGGACGCUGGCUCUGGGCGCCCACCACGGCCUGCCCGCCGGCCACAUGGAGCUGGCGCGCGCGCUCAUGGACACCUGCUACCAGAUGAACCGCCAGAUGGAGACGGGGCUGAGCCCCGAGAUCGUGCACUUCAACCUGUACCCCCAGGGCGACCGCAAGGACGUGCAGGUCAAGCCGGCCGACAGGCACAACCUCCUGCGGCCGGAGACGGUGGAGAGCCUGUUCUACCUGCACCGCCUCACGGGCGAGCGCAAGUACCAGGACUGGGGCUGGGAGAUCCUGCAGAGCUUCAACAAGUACACGCGGGUGCCCUCGGGCGGCUAUUCUUCCAUCAGCAACGUCCAGGACCCUCGCAGUCCCCAGCCCCGGGACAAGAUGGAGAGCUUCUUUCUGGGGGAGACGCUCAAGUACCUGUAUCUGCUCUUCUCCGACGACCCAGACCUGCUCAGCCUGGACACCUACGUCUUCAACACCGAGGCUCACCCCUUGCCCAUCUGGGCCCCGCCUAGGGUGGGGUGACAGGGCUCUUGCUCGCGACUCACAUAUCUCAUGUUUGUUGGGUAUCUGUUCUCGGAACCCUGGCCUUGGGUAGGCCCACUGUCUUGACCUUGCACCGCAGUGUCCACUCGGCCAACUGUGUGCUCCAGGUCCGGCCGAUGAUACACCGCAGGGGGUACCUGAACCUGAGGUCUCAGGGCCUCAGAGGUGGUCAGUGCAGCCGGCCGUCAGGGGCUUUGCCCCUGACCUGGCGCUUCCGGCGUGUGGUUCUCACGACGACGGGAUGUUGUAAGGUCAGCGUGACAGCGCUGUGAAUCGCCAAGGUCCUAUCCGCUGGGGGACAUUCCUGCUUGAGUCACGACUUACAUUCCUGACCCCCAAUCGUCUUUCACGUGGCCCCAGUCUCUGCUUGUCUCCUGGGGCCGCUCUGGGUCCCCAGGACCCACCUGUGUUCAGAGAGCAGCUAAAGGGACAGCCUGUCAUGCGGUUCAGCCCGGGGUCUCGGCCUGUGAGUGCCCUGACUCAGGACUCGGGGGGGCCGGAGCGGGGCGCCUGUGACCUCCUGCGAUUCUGGGCACUGGACGGCUGUGGUGUUUACACGUUGGACUCAGGGAUCCUCCGCCGGCCCUGCAGGGGCGGGGAGGGGCGGGGAGGGCUGCUGGGCAGGUUCAUCCUGCUCCUGGACCACCCGACAGAUCGGACUUUCCAGGCAACAUAAAAGUGGCUUUGCCCUGA